CACACGUCUCCCCGCGGUACCCCGGAGCCCAACCUAGUAUGAGUGACGUGUAGUGAGGUUAAGCUCGUGUCGUGAUGAAUCUGGACUGAAGCAGCGAUGGCGCGGCGCUCCAACGGGCCCGGCCUACACCGACCAUGUUCGGCUUCAUAGUCGGAAACGUGGUCGGUCGGCGCUCGUGCCCGCGCGGCGCGAGGGGCUCGCGCCGUUCGCCGAGUUGACAGCAUGCUCAACCUGUCCAUCGCAGCUAACCUCACAGACCUGGACGAGAGCCUCCCCGCCAGCCCCUACAGCCUCGCCCAGAAGAUUGUCAUCGCAACCCUCGCCAGCGUUCUCUCCAUCCUCACCGUCGUCGGCAACUCGCUUGUUAUGAUCAGCUUCAAAAUCGACAAGCAACUACAAACCAUCAGCAACUACUUCCUCUUCUCUCUGGCCGUUGCUGACUUCGCCGUUGGACUAAUCUCCAUGCCAUUGUACACGAUGUUCACGAUUUAUGGAUACUGGCCUUUGGGGCCUCAUGUGUGCGACACGUGGCUCGCCUUGGAUUAUCUAGCGUCGAACGCGUCAGUGUUAAAUCUGUUAAUAAUUAGUUUCGAUAGAUACUUUAGUGUGACGAGACCGUUGACGUAUCGCGCUAAAAGGACUACAAGAAGAGCGACAGUGAUGAUAGGGGGUGCGUGGGGGUUCAGUUUGCUUCUCUGGCCCCCUUGGAUUUACGCGUGGCCAUACAUAGAUGGCGAGAGGAAGGUGCCUCCUCACGAGUGCUACAUUCAGUUCAUAGAGACGAACCAGUUCAUCACGUUCGGGACGGCGAUAGCCGCAUUUUAUGUGCCAGUGACAGUUAUGUGUAUACUGUACUACAGAAUAUGGAGGGAGACGAAGAAACGCCAGAAAGAUCUGCCGAAUCUGCAAGGGGGGAAGAAACACGACUCUUCGAAGAGGUCCAACUCGAGUGACGAGACGCGCGAGGUGGACGGGCGGGCGCGGUCGGAGUCAGGUGACGCGGACUCUGUCUACCACGUGCGAGGCGCGCUGCACGACCAGCGGUGGCGGGACCACCAGGCCGUUGAUGCUCGUCGUCCGAAGCGCGGGUGGGCGGCAGUCCAUGCCUGGUGCGUGGCCUGGUACCACUCCGGCCGAGAGGACAUCGAGGACACCGAGAUUGAGGAGGAACCUUCAGACCCUGGGUACGCCACGCCUGUGUCUGUCGAGACGCCUCUUCAGAGCUCCGUGUCCAGGUGUACAUCAUUAAACGUCAUCAGAGAUCCGUACGCGUCACGAGCCGGCUCCGGCGGGUCAUCAGCCGCAGAUGGAGGAACUUCUCCUCUCAGGAGGACCUACGACCCUCCUCCAGGGAACAUGCCUGCAGCCCGAGACAGCCGCUCCCUCCCCCCUAACACACGAAUCAACACCACUACCUCACCUGCCCCUAAAUCUGCUUCAGCCGAUUCUGUUUACACCAUCCUCAUAAGGUUACCCGAUGCAGACACUGAAAGACCAACGAUUAAAAUGAUCACAGAAGAAUCACCCCCUUCUAACACCAGAACCCAUUAUCGCCCACCAGCGAGGGGCGAUUCCGAGCUCAACCUCCAUCCCGCCGGCCACCCUGCCUUAACUAGAAGAACAUCCCACAUUCAAGACGUCAGAAUCCCCCUUAAUGCUAAAAUUAUCCCUAAACAACUGGCUGGUAAAGGCAUAACUUCCAAACAACAGCCGAAAAAGAAGAAAACGCAAGAAAAGAAACAGGAGACCAAAGCGGCUAAAACGUUAUCCGCUAUUCUCCUAUCAUUUAUUAUAACGUGGACGCCUUAUAAUAUCCUUGUACUCUUAAAACCUCUCACAGCUUGCACCAAGUGCAUACCAGAUGAAUUAUGGUCAUUCUUCUAUGCACUGUGCUAUGUGAACUCAACUAUAAACCCAGUGUGUUAUGCGCUAUGUAAUGCAACUUUUAGAAGAACGUAUGUAAGAAUUUUGACAUGUAAAUGGCAUAAUAGAAAUAGAGAAGCAAUGGUUAGAGGAGUGUACAAUUAGUUUUGAUAAAGAUCAAAUCAUCUUAAGGAUCGUUUCAUAUCAUCUUAAGGACUCAUUUUUAUUGCUGCACGAAUUCCAUUCUUCAGUCUCUCUCUCUUUCAUUAUUGCGAUUUUCUGGCUGCUUCCUGAG